AUGACAGACGUCUCUUUCACUUCUCUCUUCAUCGACGGUAAACAGCGCCCCGCGAACCCGCCCGUUACCUUCGAUGUGCGCAAUCCCUACUCGAAUGCGGUCGUGACCAAGGCCGCGUCCGCGUCUGCGCAGGACUGCAAGGACGCGGUUGAGGCCGCAGCACGUGCAUUCACUACCUGGGAGACCUCCUCGUACGCGGAGCGCCGCGACUACUUCUUCAAGGCGGCGGAGCUUGUGACGACGGACAAGUACUUCAAGAAGUUCAAGGAGGCGUUCCAGGAGGAGACCGCCGGCGUCGACACCCUCGUCUACUUGAACGUGUAUGGGACGGCGGCCUUCCUUCGAAACACUGCGACCUUCGUCGCACAGCUCAAGGGCGAGACAUUCCCAUCCGUCGUCCCCGGUGGCCAGGUUCUCGUCCAGCGGAGACCCCAAGGUGUCAUUCUGGCCGUCGCGCCGUGGAAUGUGCCGCUGGUGUUGACUCUCCGCGCGGUCGGCAUCCCGAUUGUUUGUGGCAACACCGUCGUCCUGAAAACAUCAGAAGUGAGCCCGCGGACACAGUUUGUCAUAGCGGAACUCUUCGAGGAAGCGGGCUUCCCAGCAGGCGUGCUGAACGUGAUCCAUACAUCCGCAAAGGAUGCUCCGGCGAGAACCGCCGAGCUCAUUGCUCAUUCUGCUGUGAAGAAGAUCAACUUUACUGGAAGUGAUCGUGUCGGCAGGAUCCUUGCUCAGGAAGCUGGAAAGUAUCUGAAGCCAUGCGUUUUCGAGCUCGGUGGCAAGGCCCCUGCUGUGGUGCUUGAUGAUGCCGAUGUCGAGCGCGCGGCUCGCGCAAUUACUUCGUCCUCGCUCCUCCACUCAGGACAGACGUGCAUGUCCACCCAGCGCAUAAUCGUCCAGCGUAAUGUUGCUCCGAGGUUCAAGCAGGUUUUGGCCGAAACGUUCAGCAAGUUCAAAUCUGGCCAAGGCGAGGCGCUCUCUGCGCAGUACAGCGAGGCAGCCGCUGAGAGCAUUGUUGCCGCGCUGGGUGAGGCGAAGGCUGCGGGGGCCACCUUCCUUGUGGGCGAUGGCACGAGGAAGGGUGCUUGUGUACAGCCGCAUCUCGUGACGGGCGUGGAGCCUGGCACUAGGUUGUGGGAUAGGGAGACCUUCGGUCCAGUCGCGGUGAUCAAGGAGGUCGAUACGGUGGAUGAGGCAGUCGAGCUAGCCAAUGCCUCUGAAUAUUCUCUGGCUGCGAGUGUCUGGACGCAGGACGUGAACAACGCGAUAGAUGUCUCCGCGCGCAUCCGAGCGGGUCAUGUCAGCGUUAACGGACCUACAUUCCAUUUGGAGCAGGCAAGGGAGCUUGGGGGCCUCAGCGGCGCAUCGGGCUAUGGGAACUUCAGCGUGGAGGAAUUCACUGACCAAAGAAUCAUCGUCAUCCAUCCCGCCAAGGCACCUGAGUACAUGCUGACCGGGUGA